AUGAAUCCUACCGACGUGCUUGCAGCCUGGGAGGCCUGCUCCAAAACAGACACCGUUUUUAUCCUCGUCUGCUGUGUCUUCUGCUGGCCGAUUGUGCCCGCUGUUGGCCUGGGAUACUCAGGAUACUCGACACGACGAAGUGGCCUGGCGAGUUUCUACCCGGGUUUGCUCGCUAUCGCCGUCUGUACCGUUCAAUGGUGGAUAAUAGGCUACACGCUGGCCUACGGUGAGGAUGGAAACGGCGUUAUCGGCGGGUUGUCUAAGGCGUUCCAUGCCGGUGUGCUGGCCGAACCCAUGGGAACAAUCCCAGAGAUUCUGUUCUCCGAGUUUCAAUUGAUCUUCUGUGCCACAGUCUGCGCCAUUUCCAUUGGAGGUGCUUGUGAACGGGGCCGGCUGCUGCCCCUGAUUCCGUUUAUCUUUCUCUGGAGUACCUUUAUUUAUUGCCCCUUGGCGCACAUGGUUUGGUCGUCGGACGGUUUCUUGGCCAACCUGGGGGUUCUGGACUUUGCCGGGGGCACACCUGUGCAUAUAUGCAGCAGUGCUACGGCCACAGCGCUGAGCAUCUACCUGUCGUAUCCGCUAUUCCGCUCGAAACGGUCCUCUGUCCGCACGCCGCAACAUCUCAAGUUGCACCGCCCACACAACAGCAUGUGCCAGCUGCUUGCUUUGGUCAUCAUUUGGAACUCAUGGCUGGCCUUUGACGCCGGGACGACAUUGGCGCUGAAUUUCAAAUCGGUGAUGGCCGCCUGCGUGACGAACCUGUGUGCCGCAUCCGGUGCCCUCACCUGGGCGCUCCUCACAUAUCACGAGACCGGCAAAUUUAGUCUUGACAGCACGUUCAUGGGUGCCAUUUCGGGCCUUGUUCUAAUCACACCCAGCGCCGGGUUCAUCGACAUGACGACCUCGUUCUUCUUUGGCAUCGCGGGAGCGUUGAUUUGCCGGCAGGCGCUGCGCAUCAAGUUCACCAAAUUGGCUGCCCGGUACCGCUGGGUGGACAAUGGGGAUAGCUUUGCGACACACUGUAUCGGUGGAUUUGUCGGGACCCUGGCUACAGGGCUGUUUGCCCGCCGCGAGGUGGCUGCGUACGAUGGCGUGACGGAGAUACGUGGAGGCGUCUUCUUCGACGGCAACUGGCGCCAGCUAGGGAUUCAGCUUGUCGAGGCACUGAUUGGCUUCACAUGGAGUUUCUGUGGUAGCUACAUACUGUUUGCCCUGAUUGACUGCAUUCCAGGACUCGAAGUCCUGGCUAGUGAUGAGGAUAUCAUUGUCGGCAUGGAUGCUUCCCAGAUGGACGAAUCGCUCUAUGAAGCUCAAUGGACUGGCGAAGAAGAAUACCACCCAUUCAAAGGGUGCUCUUCGAUUCUCUUGGAAUAG